ACCCCCCACCUCUCAACACACACACGCGCACGCACACACACACAGAGACAGAGAGCAGCAGUUACGUCACACGUCGGGAAUGCAGUGAGGAGCUGCUGCUGCUGCUGCUGCUGCUACAGGCCUCAGGAUCCGUCACAAAAAGCCUGCCAUGUCCGGUCCCACCUGGCUUCCACCGAGGACUCUGGAUAGCCCCGAGCGAGCCGCCCCCCAGAUGUCUCACCCUGCCGGGUCAGCAAUCUACCGAGCGCCCAACAAGAAGGGGCCGUCCGACUUCCGGCCAAAAUAUGGCCCCUAUGACCAGAAUGGAGGAGGAGGAGGAAGAGGAGGAGGAGGUGGAGGAGGUGGAGGAGGAGGAGGAGGAGGAGGAGGAGGAGGAGGAGGGAUGGCCAACAGGUACAUGGCUACUGGACCCACAGGUGGGCCCAUUCAUCAUCCGUCGAGCGAUCACUAUUACUCCCCUCCCCACGGUCCCAAAGAAGACCGCAACUGGAGCCCUCACAUGGACAGCUACGAGCUGAUGCACCGCGGCCCUGAAAAGCCAGCGAACUAUCACUCCAAAAUCGACGCUGAUAUUGACUCCCUCACCAGUAUGCUCGCUGAUCUGGACAGCCACCCACAGGACUCCAGCACACAACUGUACGACAACGUGCCUUACAACAAGUACCUCUCAGGAGAUCACUACAAGCCUGUGCACCAGAGCGCACCCCCUCCUCAGGGUCGGCCAUCCAUGGGUUACCCCCCUCAUCCCCAGAGCCAGUACCACCCGGCUCCCCGCUACCCCAACGAGCACCAGUCACCCCAGUAUGCCACGUCCCACCAGCAGGACUACUACUCCGCCUCUCCCACCCCUAAGCCCUACCCUCAGCCCGUCCCGGCCUCCUACACCACCUCCUCCACUCCCACCGGGCCCAGAUUCAGCGUCCAGGUCAAGACGGCGCAGCCCGUCACCUACUCCCAGACGGGGAGGCAGGCCGAACAGGCCUACACGCCGCCCCCUCCUCGGCAGCACGUGUCACGCCCCCCUCCCCAGACUCAGACGAGCUCGCAGGGCUGGUACCCUCCGCAUCCCGGCUCACAAGCUCAGGAGAUGCACUCUGAGGCGGUGUACAAGGGGGGCGGCGCAGGACCUGUAGGAAGAGUGAACCAGGUUCCGCUGUCCAAGAGAGGGAUGGAGAAUAAUCAAACAGGGUCAGGGGCUGCACAGAGUCCUGCUUAUCAGUCCAGCAAGCAGGGGAUAGCAACAACCCGGCCUGAAGAAGAGUUAGAUCGACUCACCAAGAAGUUGGUAUAUGAUAUGAACCACCCCCCCGUAGAGGACUAUUUUGGCCGCUGUGCCCGCUGUGGUGACAACGUGGUCGGCGACGGCAGCGGCUGUAUCGCCAUGGAGCAGGUGUUCCAUGUGGAGUGUUUCACGUGCAUCACCUGCCACGCCCGUCUCCGAGGGCAACCCUUCUACGCCCUCGACAAGAAGAGCUACUGUGAGAGUUGUUACAUUAGUACAUUAGAGCGCUGUUCAAAGUGCUCCAAGCCCAUCCUGGACCGUAUCCUGCGGGCCAUGGGAAAGGCCUACCACCCUCGCUGCUUCACGUGUGUGGUUUGUAACUGCUGCUUGGACGGGGUGCCCUUCACCGUGGACGCAACCUCUCAGAUACACUGCAUAGAUGACUUUCACAGGAAGUACGCUCCUCGCUGUUCAGUUUGUGGCGAGCCCAUCAUGCCCGAGCAAGGCCAGGAGGAGACGGUGAGGAUAGUAGCUCUGGACCGCAGCUUCCAUGUCAACUGCUACAUCUGUGAGGAAUGUGGCCUCCUGCUGUCCUCUGAAGGCGAAGGUCGAGGCUGUUACCCGCUGGACGGCCACAUCUUGUGUAAGAGCUGCAGCGCUUGCCGCAUCCAGGACCUCUCGGCCAAAAUCUCCACUGACUGCUAACAAACCGUUUUGCGUCCGCUCGGCACACGACUCCACGGAAAGUCAACAUAUUACGCAUUCUUGAUGCCCCUUCUUUGCUCAAACUCGAGAGGUGCUUUUUCUUUUUCUUUUUUUCUUGGUUGCUCUGACUCUGACAUAAACGUUGCUAUAGCUCCCUCUGUUGGUAUCCAGCUGUAAUUUCAUUUGAACAUUUUCUGAGUCCUGAUGGAGCAACCACCUCUCGAGUUUCCUUUCAUUCAGAUGUCCUACUACAUUUCUUUCUUUUUUUUUUGGUACACAGCUGCCCCGUUUUCCACCUUUAGUUCAGUGUUAGUAUGACAGUGGCCUGACCUGCAGGCAGCUUGGGCUCCACUUACCAUUUAUCGGUACUGCUCAACUAUUAGCUCGCACAUUAUUAUUAUCGCUCUCAAAGACAAUGAACGUAUGGAAGGAUGUCAUAGAUUUAGAACUGAAAGAGAAGCAGCAUAAAUGAUAAUUAGGCUAAAUCCGUCUAAACGACGGGACCUGUACAUUUUGUAAAACACUAAACGUCAAAAGUGCAGAACUGCCUCAAAACGAGCUUAUUAAAAGCACAUAAUGCAACAACUGUGACUGUACAUAACGGGCUGGUUUUGGUUUGACAAUGAAAACUGUUCCCAACUGUUUUGGAAAGCAUGUAGCCUUUAGUGCGGUGAAUGUUUGCAGAGAAGUAGCCUCGUAGCAGGAGAAAUGUAGACAAAAGGAAUGUGUAGUUAACCAUACAACCUUUUUUUUUUUUUUUUUUCUUUAGCUUUAAUGAAAUGCUAUUUCAAUAUUUGCUAGAACAAAUCUCUCAUAUAUCUCAGCAUUACAAGAUCAUGUUGUUUAGUUGUGAAAGGGAUAUUUUGGGUGAUUUGAAGUGGGGUUGUAUGAGGUACUUAUCCGUAGUCAGUGUAUUACCUACAGUAGAUGACGGUCAGCGCGCCAUCAGUUUGAAAAAGCAAAGCAAUGUACUGCUGUGGACGGGGCCGGCAACAAAACGUAUUUCGUACCCCCGUGUUCUGUGAGGUAAAAUUACUGUUUUUUUCAAUGGAGUCUGGUGGCUUUGGUGAGAGCAUAGAUUGAUACAACGGCUUCAGUUCCCCGUCAAAAGGGAAGUCUGACGAUGAGAUAAAGCAAUGAAAAUAUUCACUUAAACUGGUAUAGAUUUUUUUAGGUGAGUCUUUCUUUUAGGUGGCUAAAAUACGUUUUGCUGUCGGCCCCGUCCACAGCAGUACAUUGCUUUGCUUCCGUGCGGUAACUCCCGUCUGCUUCGCCAAACUGGAGGCGCGCCAACCGUCAUCUACUGUAGGUAAUACACCGACUAUGGAUAAGUACCUCAUACAACCCCACUUCAAAAACACCCGAACCAUCCCUUUAAAUCGGAGCUCAUAACAGGAUUGUUGCCAUUUUUUUGUUUAAUCAUCCAGAAUAACAUUUUUGAAUGUCUACGAAACACAAUCUUGCUUUGUUUUUUUUUAACAUUUGUUGUUGGUUGAUACUUGACUGUUACAUUGAAGAUGAUGGUGCAAUGAAGUCAAAUGCUUUCUUUUUUUCUGUCUUAGGAAAACAGGGUGUUGGUCACUUUUGUGGCUUGAAAACAUCCGAUUGUGUGUUUGAGCCUCAUGUGAAGAGUUUGUACGUGUGUCAUUCGGAGGAAGUACGAAACUAAAAUUAUACUCCAUUUAAAAGUAGGUAAAUUUACAUGACAAAUACUGCUUAUUCUUUACAUUAGACAAAAUAAAAGUGGAAUUUAAUGUGAUGUAUUUUUCCGCCCUAAAAAGAUUGUGAUAUUGGAAUACAACUCUUCACUUGCGGAUUUGAUGUUUGUUCAUCCUUGCACUUAUGCGGGCCGAGUUGUCACUCUCUGAGACUUUUUGGAGCUACCGUAUUCGUUAUGAUUAUGUUUAACCUCCGUCUUUCCGUCCUGAUUUUGUAUUUUGUAACUUAAAGGGCUAGAAAUUUGAAAGCCUUAUCUCAAGGAUGUCAUUCAGUUUCAUAAUAAUCCUUUUUUUGAAACUGGGUUUGUCUGUGAAUGCUUUUUUUUUUCUUUUUUUGAUCAUGCUAAAACGGUUCAGAGUCGCAUUUUUCAUCUCUUGUUUAUUUAUUUACUGUAUUAAUCUGCUUUUUAUCAUCAAGGAUUUCAUUCAUGCUCAGUCAGAAGUGUCAUUUUUUAAAAUCCCGACCCAUGCCAACUCUUGUGUCAUACACCUUGAAUCACAUUUUGUUUUUGUUACGCAGUCAUCCAUUUAUCGUCCUUACUGUGUGUUCAGUUUGAAAUGCUUUGAAUUGGAGCUUGUAGAUCAAAGCCUGCGGUACAGCAGCAGAUCUCUGUCCACUGAUGAGGUCACACCGAGAAGAAGGAGGCCAUUUUUUACAGAAUUAACAGGUUGUUGAAGUGGAAAUGGCAGUUUGUUACAUUAAUGGGGGAGCAUGUUGAACACAUGGGUGGAUUUUUCUCCUAAUACAGGUUGUAGUAACAUAAUCGAUUAUUAAAAUGUCAACAAGUCAA